CCUGAGCCCUUAGACUCAUGGCUUAUUCACGCAAUCCCUUCGGGGAGAUUUACUCCACCAGCGGUUCACAUUGGCGAAAGGGUUUACCACCACACCGAAGAAAGCCAGUGAGAAAGAGCUGAUGAGGAUAAAGUUAUGAAAAAACGGCCCCCCAAAGAUCCACUCCUCGAAACAAGUUCCUCCUCAAGACUGCUCAGCUCACUUCACCAAAAACGGAAAUCUUUCGCCAAGUUCGCUCACUCUCUUUCACCGGUUUGCUCUCCCGAACUUACACUUCCCUAGCGUGUGUCUUUCACUCGCGAUCCGACAAACACUUUACGCGCCUCAUUUUCAGACGCCUCACUAUAAAACCGAUCGUCCGGAAGCAGCGCACGCUUAAUAUUACCUUGAUCUUGAACCGGCGUUAGGCGAUCGGAAACGUCGCGCCAAAAAAAACCCGCCAAAAACCUCUCCUCUCAGCAAUAUUAGUGGAAGCGGAAGUGUGUGAAGGCGCAACACGACAUUGCAACCAUGAUUAGCAUAGGCAGGCGGAACGAGCUACGGCCCAUGGCGGUGGGUUUGGUGGCAUUGAUCGUCUUCAUCGGAGUGACCGUUUCGGGGCAGGAGCAUGGUUCCGAUGUGAAAGUGGAAAAAUCAGCUUCAGUCGAUUCUUCAGCCCUGCUCGAGGCAGCACUCUGCGUGGUAAAGUCUAACCCGGGCCAAUGCGUACGGCAACAGGCGGCCCGUGUGCUUAGCAACUGGGAAGACAUUCUAAACGCGAAGAAGCUGGAUAUGCUCGCUGAGGCCGACAAGGAAGUAACAGCACGACAGCAAAGCCGUGGUCUCAGUGAUGCUGAGAUUGCACGCGGUAAACCUUCCACUUUGAUGCAGCAGAUCGAAACCGGUCUCAGUGCACUAUCGGAGUUCGUCUCGGAAGGUGUCGAUGACUAUGUGUCCGACAAGGAACAGGAACAGGGCAAGGAGGAGGAAGCCUCGUCAAAGACGCAUCUGCAUCAUCUGCUGAAGCUAGGUAACGCAGCUGGUAACGCCGGCCCGACCCAGGACGGUGCUCCCGUCGGGCGCGCGGACGCCGACGACGAGGACUACCGCGAUCACCUCGCUGCUGUGGAGGAUGGUUUGGUGGAUUAUGCUGGCUUGUCGGGCGGCCCGGAUAAAGCACUUGGUAGAGGCAAGCAAGAGGGUGACCAACUGGAUUAUGGGUUUGGUAGUGGCGAACCUAAUGCUGGUCAUGGAGGUGGGUCUCGUAGUGCCAUUGGUGGCGAUAGGACGGCUACAGGCUACAGUGCGGUGCAACACCAACAGCAGCAUCAGCAGCAGCAACAACAACAGCAACAACAGCACCAACAACGAGAACAUUUGCUACCAUCGAGCGACGGGCGGGACGGGGAGAUGGUUGAAGGGCGCCGUAUAGUGGCACCCCCGAAAACCAUCCCUUCCACAGCGGCCGUUCGCUUCGAUGAUGAUGACGACGAUGUCGGUGAACUGCGCAGACGACGCAAGGGCAAGCACAAGAAGAAGAAGACCUUCAUGAAGCUGUUCAUUCUGGGCGCUGCUCUUAAGGCUAAGAUUGAGCUGUUGCUCAAGAUCUUGUCCUUUAAGCUGCAGUUGAAAUUCUUCGCCGUUGCACUGAUCGGUCUGCUGAUCAACAUUGCUCGGUUCUGGAUCGACUUCAAGAAGCAACCUUCUCCUCAAAAGGUGAUCUACUACGAACAUGCUCAGCAUCAGCAUCACUACGAUGAUCAUGGUGAUGGAGACUUUGGUGGCUACUGGAAACGAUCGUUGCACGGUGUGCAUGAUGACGAACCCAACUAUCCUGCUGGACAUGAUCGUGCGGAACGUUACGAUGAACCUUACCUUUACCGCAACCCGAAGUACACCCCGUCCGGUAACCAUUACACGCCACAGCUUGCCGAUCCGCACGCGAUGGCAUACCAGCAGCAGCGGCCAUACUGAUAAGCAGGCGCAAAACGCAUUUCCUAGUUUCGGGUGAAACACCCGAACUUCCACUCGCGAAACUACGUUUGGUUCAGCCCCAUUUUCCACCUGCCAAAUCAGGGCAAGCUUCAUGUUUUAUCAUCUUCAUCAUCAUUGUUGUCAUGUUUCAUCAAUUUUGUACAAAUUUCGAACAAAGUCAUCCCAAAGAUGCGUAGGAAUAUUGCACCAUUGUUUAAUUUUUGCAAAAAGGUUAUCUUCCUCGCACCGGGUAGUCAGUCUGUCUUUUGCUUGCCUUUGGUUGCGAUCGUUCGUGGAACAAAACAAGAUCCAAGCUUGUAACGGAAAAUGCAGGCCCGUAAUGCUCUCUGCACUUUCGCGGCACCCCAAAUCGAACGGUGGACGGCUGGAUCGUUUAUUUAUUGAACCGUUAAUUUAUUGCUAUUUAUUUGCUCACUCAUCGACGCCACUCACCGUUCGUUUGCGGUGAUUUUUUUUAGGGUUUUUAGUGACCGCAGGCCAAGCUACGGUAAAGGUCAUUUAUGUUUCAAUUGUUUUCCUUUUCCUGGUUUGCAGUGAACUAAUGUUAAUGUUGUAGGUUAAUAAAGCCCUUGUAAAAUGAAAA